AGGACACGUAGUUUAAGGUUGCUGGCACUCAGUCUGGACCUUCUCCACGCCGAGAAUUCGCAAUCCAACGGAUAUUAUCUUCAAAGGAAUAUUAAUUUCCUUCCGAAAACGAUCAAAUCUACAUUGAGCGACGGUGUCGGUUCCCGUGGGGAGGAAGUUACCUUCACCGCCUUGUGUUGGCCACCCAGAUGAUCUGAUGUUAGGGUUCCGUGUUGUUCCAAGAAUCUUGAGUAGGAGAGGGACUUUGCUUUAGUUUGGAUGCGUGCCUGGGAUCACAGGCAAGCGUUGGCAUGUCCUUGUGUACUUCAUCGCAGAAAGGCUGGAACCUGGUGAUGGGUUUGGCGGAAUUUGGCUUUGUGUAUGUAGAGCCUUGUAAAUGCUGAAGCUUCUUCAUGUCUACUUGCGUGUAGAUGGGGUUUUGGAAUGUUGACACGAGUGUUUGAAGUUGGUGCUUCAUGGGGCUUCUCUGGGUGGUAUAAGUGGAAUUUGAGCUUUUGACUCUGAGAAGUGCUCGAGUUGCCAAUUUGUGGGAACUCAGAAGAGGGGAAUUUGGCGAACGAAAGUCUAGUUGCAGAAAGUAAAAGAGUUUUAUGGGCAAUUCUGAGGCUGUUGCCGACACAGUUGGGAAGUGGAAAUUCUCUUGCAUCGGUCUUCCGGUGUUUGCACAGUGUGAGAACAUUGAGAAUGAUCAAGCCUCUUAAUUUUAACCAAGGCAUGGUGUAGAAAAUUGGGACGAAGUUCUGUUCCAAUUUGUUGAAGAGAACCAUAAAGAUAGUUCGUGUUCAGGGAAGAAAAAAUUUACAACUAUAGAAGCUAUGGAUCGUCCUUCAGCUACUUUGCUUUUGGUAUUUUGUUUGGUAUGGAUUGCGAUCGGCAGUGGUGCAGACGCUUACGACCUGCCCCUCCUCCCUUUCCACCCCGAAGACCUCCUGCCACUGUUGCCCGGGUCAAUUGCUCUGCCGGUGCUUAAAAACCUUAACAAUGCAGUUGAUCUUCUGCCGCAGUUCGUUGGCGCGGUUUCUUCCCGAAACGACACAGUUGUAUGGAACGGCACUUGCUUUUUCCAGAAUGAAGCUUACAUGGAGUACACUGAGCCAAAAAAAGAAGGUCAUAAUGGUGGUGGCAUUCUUCAUAUUCGAACAAGUAGCGCACACAGCUGGACCUGCUUAGAUCUUUACGUAUUUGCAACUCCAUACCGUGUGACUUGGGAUUACUACUUUACUGCUCGCAAUCACACUCUGUACAUUGAUGAAUGGAAUGAAGGGGAACUUAACUAUGUCCAGAACAAGGGCUUUUCAGUGUUUUUAAUGCCUGCCGGCAUGCUGGGAACCUUGCUUGCGUUGUGGGACGUGUUACCGCUAUUCUCGAACACAGGCUGGGGACAAAACUCUAAUAUAGCUUUCCUGGAAUCUCACAUGGGAACUCAGUUCAUCAAGCGCCAGCAGCCACGAGUGACAAAUAUCACUGCCGCUGAUCUUAAGUCCGGUGAUUUUCUAGCGAUGUCGAAGAUUAAGGGCCGCUGGGGUGCAUUUGAGACUCUUGAGAAAUGGGUGACAGGCGCACAGGCAGGGCAUACUGCGGUCUGUCUGCGUGAUGAAGAUGACAAGCUCUGGGUAGGAGAAUCCGGGCAUGAAAAUGAAGCGGGCGAAGAGGUCAUUGUGAUAAUGCCAUGGGAAGAAUGGUGGGAAUUUCAAAUCGCAGAUGUUGCGAAUUGUCAUUUAGCGGUUUUGCCAUUGCAUCCAGAUGUGCGUGCCAAGUUUAACGUAACGGCCGCAUGGGAAUAUGCUCGUCGAAUGAGUGGGGCACCUUAUGGCUAUCAUAACAUGAUAUUUAGCUGGAUUGAUACUCCGACCGAUAAUUAUCCCCCUCCUCUCGACUCCAACUUGGUGGCAUCUGCGAUAACAAUGUGGACUCGGUUACAACCUGAUUUUGCUGCAAAUAUGUGGAAUGAAGCUUUGAAUAAACGCCUGGGUACAGAGGGGUUGGAUCUGCCUGGGGUAAUGGUGGAGAGCGAGAAGCGGGGCAUUUCAUUUGAGGAGCUCCUAGCUAUCCCAGAGCAAGACACCUGGGAAUACAGCGAUGGUUUUUCCACCACGUGUGUAGCCUUCAUUCUUCAGAUGUACAAAGAAGCCGGACUUUUUGGGUCUUUUGGAGAUUCCAUCCAAGUCACUGAGUUUACGAUCAGGGACGCAUACAUGCUGAAGCUUUUUGAAGACGAUGUCUCUCGAUUGCCAAGCUGGUGCAAUGCCACUGAGGGAAAGGGUUCAUUUUGUCAAAUUUUAGGGGAGUAUGAAAUGGAGAUUCCUGAUUACAACACUAUUGAGCCCUAUGCUCAUAUGAAUGAACGAUGCCCUUCGUUGCCUCCAACUUAUGACAGGCCCAAGAAUUGUUGAUAAUUUGUUGCAUGUUGACAAGAAUGUUUAUUAUUAACCAGUAGAGCAAGGCUGCUGUCUAGGGAUGAACGGCAGCCACAUCUUCUGUUAGAAGAAUCCUUACUCAACACUGGAAGCCUCAUGACCUUGAAACAUUAGUGCUAAUAUCUGGACAGCUAGACUUGGCCAAUAUUCAUGAUUGUCACUGCAAAUCAUUUAUUUGAACCAGAAUUAGAUACAUGGCUCGUGGUGGAAUUUCCUUUUUGUAACUCCGAGUCUUAGCUUAUGAUAGUAGCUACGACAGUAGUAUCAGAUUUCAAAGUACGGAUUUUCUAGGCGACCCACGAACGAUGACAUCAAUGUAAGCAUAACCUUGUAAUGCUUUUCAAAUGCGAAUGUUUAAGUUAAGCAUUAUUUUGAUAGAGCCCAUGUUUAUUUGA